AUGGUGACAGAGCUGUCAACCGAGGCGUUCAUAGCGGCCUUACGGCGAUUCGUCGCGCGAAGAGGAUUAUGUUCGCAGAUAUUUUCAGACAAUGGCACUAACUUUGUAGGUGCAGCUCGGCACCUCAGAGAGCUAUACGAGUUUAUUAACCAGAAACAAGAAAUAAUCAAAGCAGAAUUGGCUGAACAACGUAUCGAUUGGAAUUUUAUUCCCCCACGAGCGCCACAAUUCGGAGGAUUGUGGGAAGCAGCGAUUAAGAUGGCAAAAAGGCACUUAUUCACCAUAACAGAAGGACGAGUCUUGACUUAUGAGGAAUAUAGUACCCUCCUGACACAAAUAGAGGCCGUGCUAAAUUCGAGGCCGCUAACACCUAUUUCAAGCGACCCCGCGGAUCUAUCAGCAUUGACUCCAGCGCAUUUUUUGGUAGGAGGAUCACUCCUACAGCCAUUGCAGUCCAAUCGGCUUGACGUGCCAGAGAAUUCACUGUCGAGAUGGCAAAUAGUUCAAAAAUUGAGUCAGCUAUUCUGGAAACGGUGGCAUGUAGAAUACCUGCAAGAACUGCAAAAACGUACCAAAUGGACAACAUCUGAUCGCAAAAUAAAAAUAGGCGACCUUGUUGUGAUAAAGGAAGAUAAUCUUCCCCCUUUUCGAUGGAGACUUGGUCGAGUAACGCAGACCCACCCGGAUACGGAUGGAGAGGUUUGA